AUGGUCGCUUGGAGGGUCGGAUCCCUGGCCUUUCGAAGUGAGAGAAAAAGGCAGUGGCAGGACAUGCAGAGAAAGGCGGAGGACGCCAACUUUUCCCUCCUUGAUAAAGAGGAAGCAAUUCAAGCCAAAACUGCUGAGGUCCUCUUCUGCUCGUCUGCCCAACAAUUCCUGUCACUGAUUGUGAAGCAGUGGCGACGUUUGGCUUUUAAGGAGAAGCGGUCCAGAGAAGUGGAGUUGCUCCGUCAACGAUCUCAGGUCAGGCUCCAGGAACAGCAACGUAGGCUGGAACAAGCCCAACUUGCUACCGUUCGGUAUCGCAAUCACGCUUUUGCCUCCUGCUUCGCGACCAGUGCUGUUGGCUCCACUAAUUGGUUGCGAUUAUUCCUGUGGGAUUGGAGACGCGCUGUCACUUCUUCGACGUCGAUCAAGAUUUUACGACUGUGGUAUAUCGUUGCUGCCAUGGAGAUCUUCAAGUGCAAGCACUGGCUGCUGGAAUUCUGCCUGCGUCUUUGGUCCGCACUGGUUCGCAUCCCACUCAUGAAGAAGGCCCAAUCCCAGCUCCAGCCAAUACUUGUGCUCCAUGAGGAGGCAUCCAUCGAGGCCAGAAUUGUUGCAGGCGAAUCGUUCCUGUUGCAAUACAUUGUGAUUUGCGCAUGGAGAAGGUUCCUUUGGGCAGAGCUUCUCAAACUUGAGGUAAAACAUGUUUGCCACCAGUGGAACACAGAGGAGCUCAAUUUGGCCCGAGCUCUUCACCGCGUCCAAAACCGCGUCGGUACGAUUUGGGCAUGGGCAGAUCUUUCCAUGCGAAAACUCCAUGCGCGCGAGGACUUGUGUGAUGCUCUGCUUGCCUGGGCACAGGAAACUCGGUGUUCAAGUGAAGAGGCGCGCCUUCGCAAAGCAUUUGAAGAGGCCCAAAUGGGUCCGGAACUGCAACGCCGCUUUGAAGGCAUAGUCUGUGCCCGUUGGCGAGAGAGGAGUUUGAGACUUCAUCACCGAGAAGAUCAACAUAGUUGCUUGGUGUCCACCUUUUUAUGGUGGCGCAUGGCAGCGUUGCAUGAAGGAGUGACCAGAAGACGACGCCGCAGUCGCCAGCGUGCUGUGACUCUUGCAGAGCAGUGGACAGGAAGUUGUCAUCUCCAAACCCAGCGUUUGGUUUUUGACAGUUGGCAGACGCUUCUAUGCUCCGCCAGGCAGCGCUGGCUUGACCGGAGACGUGCGUGGUUGGAGCAAAUGCUUGAGGGCCAUUUCCCUGGCGCUGCUUCACCCAGUUCCGUGCCACAGCUGCCGGAUCAAGUACAUCAGCACCCCUUCUCUACCAGUCUUGCUUCACCCAGUUCCGGGCCGCAGCUGCCGGAUCAAGUACAUCAGCACCCCUUCUCUACCAGUCUUGCUUCACCCAGUUCCGUGCCACAGCUGCCGGAUCAAGUACAUCAGCAACCCUUCUCUACCAGUCUUGCUUCACCCAGUUCCGGGCCACAGCUGCCGGAUCAAGUACAUCAGCACCCCUUCUCUACCAGUCUUGCUUCACCCAGUUCCGGGCCGCAGCUGCCGGAUCAAGUACAUCAGCAACCCUUCUCUACCAGUCUUUUGGUCUGGUUGCAAGAAAUUGAGGCUUCACCCAGUUCCGUGCCACAGCUGCCGGAUCAAGUACAUCAGCAACCCUUCUCUACCAGUCUUGCUUCACCCAGUUCCGGGCCACAGCUGCCGGAUCAAGUACAUCAGCAACCCCUCCCUACCAGUCCUGUAAAGCAAGCGUCUGCUUCGCAAUUGAUUGAUACGGAAUUUGCUGCCAAAUUGCAGCAGUUCACCUUCGGCUUGAAACUGGGAAGUCUUGAGAGCCUUCAGUCGUCUAACUGA